UAGCGCUUGCCGCUGUGAUCGCUUUUUCGGUUUAACCGUUUUUCCUCACCCCCACUUUGUUGUCCGUUUCUUUGAUUUAUCCCGACUUGUUUGAGUCUGUCGUUUAUUUAAGUAUUUUGUCAAUAAAUUUAAUCAAAAUUUUCACUUUUCCAUGCUUUUCGAGCUAACACAGAGCAAGUUAUGUGAGUUAAACUUAAAACAAACGCAGUCAAAGGAAAAAAUAUACAUUGGUUUUUACGUAAUUUAAAUUUAUUUAUUUAAUUUUAAAAAAAUAAUCGAACGAAUAGUGAUUAAAUAAUAAUGACAGAACAGUUGAAAAAGUCAGAUAAUGCCAUUACACUCAAGGGCUCGUCCAAGAUCAUAUUGGAAUAUUUGAAUUUCGGCAUCAACAGUAUACUGUACCAGAGGGGCGUUUAUCCUUCUGAGAGUUUCGGCCAGGAAGAACAUUUCGGCCUGUCAAUGUUCAUAACAACCGAUGAGAAAAUACUUUCGUUCCUCGAUUCCGUGCUGAGCCAGAUUAAAGAGUGGCUCAUGCUCGGGAAGAUCCAGAUGAUAUCACUAGUGAUCACCAACAUUUCAAACAAAGAGGUGUUGGAAAGGUGGGAUUUCAAAUUACAAUGCGAAGAGGCGAUGAAAGGCAAAGAAGUCAUUAACGGGAAAGAGCCGGUGGGCAACAAGGACAUUAAAGUCAUACAGAAAGAAAUCAGGGACGUACUACGGCAAAUAUGCUCCACUGUCAGCUUUCUUCCUCUUCUCGAUUGCCUUUGUUCUUUUGAUAUAUUAAUACACACAUUGCCCGAUAUCGAUGUACCUGAUCAGUGGGGCGAAAUGGGGCCCUGCCUUAUUGCCAAUUCACAGGAGGUUAAGCUAAGGUCGUUUUCAACAUCGCUCUACAAAGUGGACACUGUCGUCAGCUACAAAGCCAAUGUAUAUUGAACUUAAAAUAUCGUUUUUCUAUCAUUUGCUUUUUCACAUAUCUCCUCUACACGUUAACAUCGAUAAAAUAUUAGUGUACCAUUUUAUUAUUGUUAAUUAUGUAAUUUUAUGCAGUGCACUACUUGAAUCUUCUUCCUUAUACCAGGAUUCAAGAAGUGUAUUUAUUUAAAAGUAAAAUUAUUGUUUUAACAUUUGUAACAAAGCUUUCGCAUUUCCUAUAUAAAAUAACUGUGACAAAAUGUUAUAAGUUGAUAAACUCUUAAUAAACAAAUUUUACAUUAUUAA